CAUCAUUAAUGGUGUCCUGGAAAGAAGAGAAUUACCUGUAUGACAGUGGCUAUGGUAGCACAGUAGAGCUGCUGGACAGUAAAACAUUCUGUCGUUCUCAGAUUUCUAUGACGACACCUAGUCACCAGCCUCCUGAGUCUUCAGAUGUGAAAAAAUUGCAAGAUCAUAUCCCGAAGUCCCACACCAAGAAGCACAACCCUCGAGGAACUCAUCUUUGGGAAUUUAUUCGAGAUAUUCUUCUCAAUCCUGAGAAAAACCCAGGAUUAAUCAAGUGGGAAGAUCGGUCAGAAGGUGUCUUCAGAUUUUUGAAAUCUGAAGCUGUGGCUCAGCUCUGGGGAAAGAAGAAGAAUAACAGCAGCAUGACUUAUGAGAAACUCAGCCGGGCUAUGAGAUACUAUUAUAAAAGAGAAAUCCUGGAGCGUGUGGAUGGUCGGAGAUUAGUGUAUAAAUUUGGAAAGAAUGCACGUGGCUGGAGAGAAAAUGAGAAUUAAGAUGUCAAGAAAUACCAUUUAGAACACCUGGAUGUAAAUAUUCAAAGACUAUUUUCUUAUAUUUAUGUACCAAACUAGGGUGAAAAGCCAAUUCUACUUCUGUCGGGAAGAAGGAACAUUAUCAUUAUUGGUGUUAAAAUUAUUUUAUUUGAAGUAUGUCCUGUAUGGGGAAAAAAUGUACACAGUUUUCUGUGAUAUAAGUUAACAUUAUAGAAUUAUGAUUAUUUUUC